AUGCUACUCUUGAAGAAGCUGAGCAAGGCUGACGGCGACAACGACGGGGGGGCCAUGAUACCCACACUGCUCAACGCUUUUUGCGUCGACGGUCCUAACGGCACCCAUGCAUGCCUAGUCACUGACGUUGCACGGUGCAGCGUAAUCGAGGCAAAGCGCAGGGGGUCGUACGCACCUCUCAUGCUGCCCGUCGCACGUGCGAUCGCUGCUCAACUGAUCCUCGCUGUUGCAUACCUGCACAGCAAGGGCCUUGUCCACGGUGACCUUCAUCUCGGCAACGUCCUGUUCAGACUGCCGCAGGACUUCCAGCUCUGGUCUGACGAGGAGCUCUCGUCGCGCUGUGGAGAGCCCGAACUCGAGCCGGUGCAGACAUUCGACAAUAAGCCUAUCCCGCCGGGGGUCCCCUCCAUCGCCACCCUGCCCAUCUGGUUCCCGAUGGAGAGAAUCAACAAGCUGCCGCUGGCGGACGCCCACAUUGUCCUCGCUGAUUUCGGCGAGCUGUACCGCCCAUCGCAAGAACCUCGGUUCGAGUGCUGCACGCCGGUCCACUCUCGCCCACCAGAGCACAGAUUCGAGCCGGAGAAGCCAAAGUCGUUCCCCAGCGACAUCUGGACCCUCGCGUGCACCGUUUGGGCCACUCUUGCGCAGCGGUCGCUGUUCGAGGGUUUCUGCGGGACCGAAGACACCGUAACGUGGAUGCAGGUUCAAGCGCUCGGGAAGCUGCCCGAUGAGUGGUGGGAGAAAUGGGACGCGCGCUCCGAGAACUUUGCCGAAGAUGGCGAGCCUCUCCGAGCCGAUGAUGGUCCUGUCCAUACACUCGACUACCAGUUUGAGGAUGCGAUGCAGGAAGGGCGCAGAAGAUACAGAAUGGAGACUAUGGGUUCGGCGGAGAAGGAGGCCCUGUUUGCCAUGCUGCGGUCCAUGCUGGCGUACAAGCCGGAGCAGCGUUGUAGCAUUGAGCAGGUUCUUCGCUCGGAGUGGGUGACCAGGUUCGCAAUGCCGGAGUACAAGGGAAUGCGUACACGGGACACUAUGAGGACCUGA